AUGGCGUCUAGCAGCCGUGGCAGUGAAGAUUUAUCCAAAGCAUGGGCAGAUAUGUGUUUAGAAGAAGAAGAAAAUGAAGAGGCUAUAUUCAAGGAUGAAGAUGAAGUUGAAGUUGAACCUGAAUUUGAUGGCAGAUUAUGUUUAGUGGGGAAACUAUUGACAGGGAAGCUGAUCUGUGGAAACCUGGCAAAGGCAUCUUCCUUUAAUGUUGAUGCCCAAGGUAGAUCGGGUGGGCUUACUUUUCUUCGGAAAGUGGCUGAUGAGGCCCAGCUCCUCAGGUUCUCGCAGAACCAUAUCGACGUUCGUAUCGAUCUUCCUGGGAUUCAUCCCUGGCGCUUGACUGGCUUCUAUGGCGAACCAAAUCAUAGCCUCCAAUCGAGAACAUGGAAUCUCCUCAGGUCUCUCUCUGCUGAGUUGCAACUGCCCUGGUGUGUUAUCGGAGACCUAAAUAAUAUUACAAACCAAGCCGAGAAAAGGGGCGGACGUGCUUACCCUUCUUCUCUCAUUGAAGGCGUCCAAUCUGCUCUUCACGAUUGCCAUCUCCAUGACUUGGAGCUUCGAGGUUACCCUUACACAUGGGAGCGUGGAAGAAACACAGGGCAACUUGUCGAGAUUAGGCUUGAUAAAGCUCUUGUCACUCAACAAUGUGCUAGGAAAAGAAACAACCAAAUUCACCAACUUCAAGACUCAAAUGGCAACUGGGUUCGAUGGGAUACUGGUUUGGAUAAGGUAAUUUCAGAGUAUUUUUCAAAUCUUUAUUCUGCUAGUGGUGCUCAUCCUGAUUUGGUGGUAAAUGCAGUUAGUGGCAUUGUUAAUAGUUCUCAGAAUAAGGACUUGCUCCAGCCGGUGACAAUUGAAGAAGUUAAAAAUGCCUUAUUCCAAAUGCAUCUUGAUAAAGGCCCAGGGCCUGACGGAAUGAGGCCAGGAUUUUUCCAAAAGCACUGGGAUAUCAUUGGAGCGGAGAUUGUUGUCUUGGUUACUGAUUUUUUCGAUACUGGGGAACUUCCAAGAGACCUCAAUACAAUCAACCUUGUCUUAAUUCCGAAAAAGAAGAACUUUCUGUCUAUGAACGACUUGCGGCCUAUUGCUCUUUGCAAUGUGUUGUAUAAAAUUGUCUCCAAAGUGCUGGCAAAUCGAAUGCGGGGUAUUAUUGACAAGAUUAUCGCAACCACUCAAAGUGCGUUUAUUCCUGGAAGAUUAAUCUCUGAUAAUGUAAUGAUCGCAUUUGAAGUUAUGCACUACCUAAAGCGCAAUACAAAAGGGAAAAAAGGCUUCAUGGCUCUUAAGCUCGACAUGAGCAAAGCCUAUAACCGGGUUGAGUGGAGUUAUCUUCAGGCAAUUAUGAGUCGCAUGGGUUUUCAUGAUAAGUGGAUCUACCUUAUAAUGUCGUGUCUCACCUCGGUUCGGUACAAUGUUAUCCAUGGAGGUCAUAUUGUUGGCCCUAUUACUCCAACCCGAGGUAUUCGCCAAGGUGACCCUUUAUCUACUUAUCUCUUUAUAGUUUGUGCUGAAGGCUUAUCAAUGCUCAUCAAUUCUGCUGAAUCAAACCGCAUCAUCCAUGGAUCUCGGGUUGCAAGAGGAGCCCCCUCCAUCACACACAUGCUUUUCGCAGAUGAUAGCUACCUUUUUUGUCAGGCUUCGAUUGGUGCAGCCCAAAGUGUUAGAAAUCUACUUUAUGAGUUUGAACAUGCAUCUGGUCAAAAGGUCAACAUCGCCAAGUCCUCUAUAUUUUUCAGCCCCAACUCUGAUGCUCAAACCCGGUCUCAUAUUAGCUCUAUACUUGGAAUGGCCAAAGCUUCAGAUGAUAGCCUAUACUUAGGCUUACCCAAUAUCAUAGGCCGCAACAAAUCAACUAUCUUUGGCUUCUUGAAAAAUAAAGUUAUUGCUCGCCUCAAUAGUUGGGAUGGCAAGUUUCUCUCUCGUGCCGGUAAAGAAAUUGUUCUCAAAACUGUCAUUCAGUCUCUACCUACAUAUGCCAUGAGUGUCUUUCUAAUUCCUCUAGGCAUCUGUGAAGACAUUGAGAAGCUUAUGGCGGGAUUUCGGUGGAACACCUCAUCUAGUAAGGGUCGAGGUAUUACUUGGAUGUCUUGGGAGAGAAUGACUGGUUCAAAAGAUGAGGGUGGUAUGGGUUUUCGAUGCCUUCAAGAGUUCAACCUUGCUACGCUUGCUAAACAAGGUUGGAGAUUAUUAUGUCACCCUGAGUCCCUUGUAGGACGUGUUUUUUCAUCAUCUCAUCCGACUUUAUAUGAACAAACUGUUGAUUCUCUCUUUACAAUUGAUGAAAGAAGAUGGGAUGCUGAAAUCAUAAACGAUUUGUUCAACCACCGGGAUGCUACACUGAUUCUUGGCAUUCCUUUGUCACCAAAUGCCGAUACUGAUUUCUGGUCCUGGUCUGGAGAACGUUCAGGCAUUUUCUCUGUGAAAAGUGCUUACACUCUUCUGCAAAAUGGCAAGCCCAAGAGCCAAGGAGCUGAUAACUCUGGGUUUUGGCGCAAACUGUGGCAUCUAAAGAUCCCCCCAAAGGUUAAGAACUUUCUGUGGCGUGCUACCUCUGAUUGCUUCCCAACAUGCCUUCAACUUGUGUCAAAACAUUCAACAUUGGGGAUUACUUUGAAUAUGGCUUUAUCAUCCUCAUUUGGCAAUUGGCUCCAAGAAGCUUUCCUAAAACUUGAUGAGGAUCAAGUAUGUCGUGCUGCGAUGCUAUGUUGGGCCUUGUGGAAAGCAAGAAAUGCUACUGUAUGGAACAAAAAACAGUCUUCCCAUACCGAGAGCCUGGCGUCAGCUUGUACAACCCUCGAUCAUUGGCGAAAAGCUCAAGACAAUACAUGUCUAUCUUCCUUGUUCUUUGAGAAUAAGGGUGAUGGUGCUGAGCUUUGGACUAAACUUGAUUCAAACAACAUCAAGGUCAAUGUUGAUGCCUCCCUUUUUGCACAAGACAAUUCAUACGGAUUUGGUAUUGUGGCUCGUGACAGCCAAGGCAAGCUAAUUGAAGCAAAAACUUGUUACCAAGGAGGCGAUUUCAGUGCUGAAACUAUUGAAGCCAUCGGUAUCAAGGAAGCUCUCAACUGGGUGAAAAAUAAAAAAUGGCGGAACGUACAGAUUGAGACAGAUAGCAUGGUCACUGUCCAAGGUAUUCGUAGUAAUCAAAAGAUGAACUCUACCUUUGGACUUGUUAUUUAA